UGACGCAGUGUGAGAGGCAGCAACUGAGAGGAGAGAGACGGAGAACGAGGGAGACAGCGGCGAGAAGGCAGCACAUCACACCAGGCGCCGUUUUGCAUCCCAAAAAAAUCUUGACGCCACACUGGCUGCUGCUGCUGCUGAGCUCUGUCCCCAGUCACCGCAGAGGAGACACGUGCAGGCUGGGACCAAAUCACUGACAGACAAAGACUGAAGACAAAACACCAACACAGCCACACAUACUGCCAGAGGCACCGAGCGGAGCGUUUGGGCUGAGGAAGACCUGCCGAGGCGCCUUCCUCCACGUUGGCAUCUGGAGCAGGGAGCAAGGGAGAGUGGCCGAGGGAGACAGGAGACAAAGUUACAGCGAGAGAGGAAAAAAGAAGACUGUUGAGUGAUGUGAAAAGUGCGGCGAGACUGAAGGCUCUGCUGGUUUCGGAGAGGUCCUCCGUCUGCAAAGGGACGAGUUCUCACACCAAGUACAGAGCAGCGAGCAAUGAGGAAGAAAGAAAAGAGGUGCUCGUCCAAUCAGAGAUGCAGAUGGCCACAGAAGACAUGAGCACCAGCCAAUCUGGCACCAGGAUGACUUCCUCUUGCCAAUUUAUACAUAACAAAUCAAAUGCGACCCCCUAAUUGAACAAUUGAUACAGUUUACCUAGACACACAUACUGCCAAUGAAGUGAUACCUCCCAUUCCUGCUCUCAUUUCUACUUUGAUAAAUCCUUAAUUCCUCACACAACUCAGUCUUUAAUUUGCUGUACUGUUACAAGACAAGCUAAAGAGAAACUUUUUUACCAUGCUGUGACUACGCUUCAAGCAGUGCAGACACAACUCUGACAAUAAGGCAACACCAAGCCACCACACACUGAGAUAUUACUGUACAAACAAGCCCGCAGUCCCUUUCAAAUGGCACUAGCCUGCAUGGAUAAAUGUUAGAUGGCAAGCAUCUCUGCUCGGGUUUCUCCAAUGGAUAUUGUAACGACUUCCCAAAUGGCCCAGAGGACAGGACAGGGACGGCAGAGACAUAACGUGACUGGAGGUUCCUCAUCAGUGCUCCUGUCCACAGCCAGCUCCUUCCUCUGUUGGCUCUCCCUGCUGUCAGUAAUGCGGUUGCCAAUGGUAACAGCUGACUGCUGGCUUAUCGAAGGCGAGAAAGGCUUUGUGUGGCUGGCUAUCUGCAGUAUGAACCAGCCGCCUUAUGAGGCCAUCCCCUCUCAUAUCAACAGCACUAUUGUGGAUCUGAGGCUGAAUGAGAACAAGAUACGGUCGGUCCAUUAUUCUUCACUCAGUCGCUUUGGCAACCUCACCUAUCUGAACCUCACCAAGAAUGAUAUCAGCUAUGUGGAAGAUGGAGCAUUCUCAGCACAAUUCAACCUGCAGGUUCUCCAGAUGGGUUUUAACAAGUUGAGGAACCUGACAGAGGGGAUGCUGCGAGGUCUGGGCAAGCUGCAGUAUCUCUACCUGCAAGCCAACCUCAUCGAGACUGUUACACCCAACACCUUCUGGGAAUGCCCCAACAUAGAAAAUAUAGACCUCUCCAUGAACAGGAUUCAGGUGCUGGAUGGCAGUUUGUUCUCUGGACUUUCUAAGUUGACCACUUGUGAACUUUACACCAACCCCUUCAACUGCUCUUGUGAGCUGCUGGGUUUCCUGCGCUGGCUCUCAUCCUUUCCCAACAGGACCAGUGAGAGGAUGGUGUGCGAUUCCCCUUCAGGGUUCUUCGGCUACAACCUCCUGAGCCAGAACCCCCGCAUGCCUACCCAACGCAACGCACUGCAUGUGCUCAGUCUUGUAUGCACAGAUGAUGGCAGCGUGACAUCCUUCUAUGUCAUUGGCGCAGCUGAUUCCACCACCCCAGUCCCAGAUUUUGCCUCUCCCUGUGGAUUGGACGAUUGUGCUUCUGGGACUCCUCCUGAUGAGGUAAUCAGCUUGAGCCCCAUUUUCUCUGACGUCAAUCCAAUCAUGAUGUUAAAGCAGGUGCUACAUUCGAGCGCUGUGAUUACAGUUCAGAUUCCCUACCCGUACAGGAAAAUGUACAUCCUGGUGCUUUAUAACAACAGCUUCUUCACAGAUAUCCAGAAUCUGAAAAAUCAAAGAGAAGAUAUUGAGCUCAAGAACUUAAAACCUAACACCGACUACACAUACUGUGUGGCUUCUAUACGAAACUCCCUGCGCUUCAACCACACCUGUCUGACCAUCUCCACUGGCCGCCGGGCCGAGGCUGAGAGGAUAGCUAAUCAGUCAUCAGCUACUCACUACAUUAUGACUAUUUUGGGCUGUUUGUUUGGCAUGUUACUGUUCCUUGGUCUAGUAGUCCACUGCCUGAGGAGGAAGAGGAUCAUGGAGGAGAAGGAGAGAAAGAUGAGCAGGAUUCAAAGGACUCUGAUAGAGCUCAAGUAUGGUGGAGAAGGGGAUAUAGAGGGAGGGAGCGGAGGAUCUGUUUCCCAGAAGCUUGGUGCUGGGGAGAGUCUGUCUAGAAUGCCCUACCUUCCUCAGGGUGGUGAGAUUGAUCCAUAUAAGCUGCAGGAGGUGAUAGAAACACCGGUGCACAAGCCUGCUAAACUCAACUACAUGGAGGUGAGAGGGUCUGGCAUUGAAAGGGAGAGAGAACGAGAGCGGGAAAGAGAGAUGUCGCCACAAGCAAAUCCCCAGGGUUCAGUAGCAGAGAUCUCAACCAUCGCUAAAGAAGUCGAUAAAGUUAACCAGAUCAUCAACAACUGUAUAGAUGCCCUAAAAUCUGAGUCUACCUCCUUCCAACAGGGGAUGAAAUCCCCCUCUUCUGCAGGCGGAGGGGCCGUUUCUACUGCAGAGCCACAGCUGGUGCUUCUCUCUGAGCAAGGAGAGAGAGAUAGAGGAGGCGAGUUCCUCUCCCCAGUUUAUAAGGGAGGAAGAGGAGGGAGAGAAGAGAGGGGGAGAAGCUAUCAUCAUUCUCUGCAGCGACACCACAGUGUGGAGGCACCUCCGACCUCCAAAAGGCCUAGCACCUCCUCUUCUCCUGGUUCUGCCCGAAGCCCUCGCUCAUUCCGCUCGGAGGGAGGCUAUCACUCGUCAGAGACCCGCUACAUCGAGAGGACCUCACCCGGAGAGAGAGGAGAGAGGGGGGGAGGCGGAGGAGGAGAGGCCAUUCGCACAGUCACCCCAGCAGCGGCUAUCUUACGAGCUGAAGCCCAGAGAAUCCGCCAGUACAAUGAACACCGUCACUCCUAUCCCGGCUCCCAGCAGCACCUCCAAGAGCUGCAGCACCACCCCCAGAUCCUGCAGGAGCUGCAUCACCACCCAGGGGCCCGAAAGCCCUCCAUGUUAGACCCCCUCACCCUCAGCAGGCAGGCCAAGCAGCGGGAGCUGGCCUACUCCCAGCUCUCUCCACACUACCCGCUCUCGCCCCAGUACCACAACCUCAGCUACUGCUCCAGCCCCGAAGAAGACGAGGAGGAUGAAGGGCUCCUCUGCACCCCUACCCUGGGGUUAUGGGAGAGGUUCAAACUGCACCGUAAGAGGCACCGGCAGGCGUCCAUGGAGGACGAAGGAUACGUGGCAGCUGGACAUGCGCUGAGGCGAAAGGUUCAGUUUGCCAAGGAUGAGGAUCUUCAUGACAUACUGGACUACUGGAAAGGUGUGUCCGCCCAGCAGAAGACCUGAUCCCACAUCUGGAGACCCCAAACACUUUGAGGAUGGAAAAUAACAACACUGCACCCAUUACAUAUUGAUACAGAUCCACAGACUGAUACAAAAAUGACCUGUAAAUACACACAGACACACACACGCACACCUUACAGGAUCUACAGAAUCAAACUGCACACACACAUCUAUAUAUUCACACACUUUACACAAACCAAGCCUUUGCUUCUGAGAACAUGAAGGAGGACCAAACUAAUAUAUUAUACUGAACAAAAAUCAUAACUUAUAGAGAGACUGAGUUACUUUUUGUAAUGUAAUACACAUUAUAGCUCAGACUUAUGUAGCUAUUUGUACUAAGUUUUGAAUGACAAAAAAAAAAAAAAUCAACAUUAAGAGCAGAAACCUUAAAUGUUGCCGGGCAACCCAUCCUGAACAGCCUGGCUACGCUUUUGAUCUGCGUUGAGACUGACGUUCAUCAGACAUGACCACGGCAGAUUAACCUCACUAAGUCUGAUUAUGGCGGUGGAUUGAUCAAGAUUUUACUUUGCUAGGGGAGGUUGUUUUUGCAUCGCGCCCUGCGACGCUGCUCCGAUACAAGACGUUCUGAAAGAUUUGCCGUGAUUUGAAGAUUUAAAACAUCAAAAUGAGAAAUUCUGGAUGGGUCGCCAGGCAACAGUUGUAUUCAACUGUGCUGAGAAUGAGUAGGUAGCUCUCACCAGAGAGUGAGUAUAAUGUGCCAAAUCAACCAAGGGGGGAUAGUAGAGCCCUACUGUGUACCAACUUCUCCUCGCCACUGUUUUUAUAUAGAGAAUUUAAAAAACCUAGAAUGAUAUGUUAUUACUAUUAAUUAUUCUUAUUACAUUACUGGUCUUCUUAUUAUUCCUAUGCUCCUCAUCAUUAAUAUUCUAUUAUUUGAAUAUGGCAUGGCUCUGUCCUGUGACUGUGUUUUGACUGUUUUGAACCUCUCAGCCGAGAAGUACACACCAACAGAGACAAACUAAGAUGGACGAGACGUUUGAGUUCUUCUUUUCUACCAAGAGGAAUGUGCUCUCUGCUGAGCCAAAAACAAGCCCGUCUUUUCUCUUGGUGAAGCCCCGCUACACUUGCUCCUCAUCCUCCUAAAGAGGGAACGCUGUACAGAUGAGAGAGAGAAGUUCUAUAUUUGCAACAGAGGUGACUGUUUUGUUUGUACAACAUGGUUUUGAAAUCUUUCAGACUUUUCAGAAGCCAGAAUCCCAAGUUAGUUACCUACCUGCUCACUUACAAUGGUACGUUUUUGAUUUUGAAAUCGAACUAAAAAUUCUAAUCUUCAAAUGAAUGUCUUUAAUUCCCACAGGGGAAACAUAUCUGCACUGUUCAAAAUCAAAAAACGACUCUUAGGAAAAGACCUAAAACUCUCAGCUUCCUUCCCGAUACACUGUAGCUCCACUGUGUUUUAUCAACAAAUCUUUUUUUUUUCCCUCCUCCUCCCAUCUCCCAGGUUUUUACUUGUUAUUUUUUGGAUUCCUCUGGUUCCACUGUGGUGCCAUUGUGCCAACUUGAUAAAUCACAAAGAAGUAUUUGAAAUGAUUUUAAAUACUACUAUUUACAGACCUCUUCAUCGAUACACAUCAGUUUGCCAAACAGAACAACAAUUUGCACAAAACGAUCCACCCCCAUUGGCUCACUGCUCCCCUUCUAUCCUCCAAUCAUUUCUAAGACCAAAGUACUGUGGUAGUAAAUUGACCCUUAUAGCCCCCUGACCCAGCCCCAGCUAUUUACCCACCAUCACCCUUACAGUUACGACUCUAGCACAUGCAUACACAUUCAGGUGUACUCAUGCACACAAACCACACGCAACCACACACUGAUGAAUGUAUUCUUUGAGAAAUUAAUACUGUUGAGCAGCUGGAUUUUCUGUUUGUGAUGUACAAGCUGCGUUCAAACAGUGUCCUCAUCUGUCUGAUAGAAACAUUUCUUCAGAUGGCCACUUGUGUUUCAGUCAUUGGACAUAAAUAAGGAAUAUUUGGCUUUCUAAAAAAUGAAAUCUGACCACUCAGGGCAGAUUCUCAUGGACGCCUUUCCUCACACCAGUUUGUGUCACCAAUUGAACCAAAUGUUGUCCACAAGAAGCUCAAAAUUGCCACUGCAGACGGCUAUUGAAGUAAUAGCAACGGGGUUUUGCCUUAUCAAAGGUUUUGGACUGAAAAAAAGUGUUAUAAUAAAAUGUGAUUAGUAGUGUGGUGACAAGAGACUACAUGUACAGGAUCUAAAUACUGGAGGCUGAAAAGAGGACGAAAAUGUGAUGACAAAAAUACUGCUGUUUAUUCUAUACUGAACUGUGCUACAGCAACUCAUUUAAGAGGACUGUAAACCAGGGAUGGAGUCAAGAAACAUUUCAAUUCAGUGGAUUUUGAAUUUAACAAACCUGCAGUAUUCACAGUAUUAACAAACAAAUUUGUAAUUACAAAUGCUUAUUCUGACUGACUGAAUCUCUUCCACAACGCUUUCUGAACUGAAACAGAAUUGACUCCAACCUUGAAACUUGAAAACAACACAAUUGAAACAACAGCGCUGGUGAACAAUGAAAAGUUUAUUGGUGAAUGGAAACACUGUAUAAAAUCUUUUUCGUCUGCUAUAAUGAGUUCAGAAUGCUCAAGUCAUUAAGUCCAGUUAAAGCCAUAAUCGUGGGUUAGUGAAAUCACCACAGCUGCUUGUAGCACUGCAAAAGCACCUUCAUUAGUGUGGUUUUAAAAAAAAGGCAGUUUUGUUCUCUCCUCAUGCUGCAGCAGCUGACACGGCUCCUCUGCUGCUGCAGCAAACAAUCCAACUCUGAUCCAAAAGGAAACUGAUGAGCCGUGGUUGUUUCUGCAUUACACGUCCCAGAUUGUGGCUUUAACUUAACAACAGCCUUAAAACAUUUCGAUUUUCUUUAAUCUUUUUAACUUAAGCAUUGCUUUGAAAAUCGAAGAAGUUCCUGUUUUCUUAACGUAUACUUUCCUGACUGCAAUUUUAUAAUUGCUUGAUUCUUAAGCCUCACUUGAGCAUUCUUUGAGUAACAGUAAUAUCAAUGUAGCGAUGUAUUAAAGUACUGUUUUUUUUUUCCUCCGUUCUGUUUAUGAACAAUAAUGGCCUGCAUUUAUCAUGUGUCAGAGAGUAGCAGAGCUCGUCUGGAAUCAGACAACAACAAGCUGACGGUCCAAGCGACCAGUCGACAGUGACCCUAAUCAGCGCUGCUAUUCUUUGAAGCGUGAUGAAGAGAAACUGUGUUUUUGAAACAACAAUGCCUAGAAAGUGGAAAUAAAUAGAGGUCCUACUGACAACAGACAGAAACGACAAUGGAGCAUGAUGCAAGGAAAUCCUCAGUGGAAGCUUGUGUUAUAUUCUUCUAGAGAAUGACUCAGGAGCGAGCCAGCAAGAAAAAGAGUGAAAGAGAGAGAGAACGCUCUGCCAUAGGAUCUCUCAGAGGCUUUCUUUCUUUAUUUUCUUGUCAAAAAAUUAAAAUGAGCACAAUAAAAUAGCCUUUCUUUCACUGUC